AAAUUUGUAUGUGUGUUGUCUCCCACAUCGAUGUCGCCUCUACCCCCACACCAUCAACCUUUGGCCCUUUUUGGGUAGCUGCUUCAUGCUCUAUAUAUAGACCCCCCUUGAUCCUCCCUCCCUUGCUCCAUCCAUCCCCAGCAGCAGCAACCAUCUCAUCAGCUUCUCUCUCGAGCUCUAGCUACUAGCCUGCAGCUAGCUAGUAGCUGUUGUUGAUCGUGGACGCAAGUAGCCGUCCAGCAGCUAGGCCAGGUAGCCCACUAGCUGAUCAAGGAGGGAACUAGAUAGUAGAAGGAGAGGAAGAUGUCUGGCGUGUGGGUAUUCAAGAACGGGGUGGUGCGGCUGGUGGAGAACGGCGCGGCGGGCGGCGGCGAGGCGGCGCGGAAGCGGAAGGCGCUGGUGCACACGCCGAGCGGGCAGGUGGUGAGGUCGUACGCGGAGCUGGAGGCGGAGCUGCGGGCGCUGGGGUGGGAGCGCUACUACGAGGACCCGGCGCUGUACCAGUUCCACAAGCGGGGAGCCCUCGACCUCAUCUCCCUCCCCGCCGACUUCGCCAGGUUCUCCUCCGUCCACAUGUACGACAUCGUCGUCAAGAACCGCGACUCCUUCAGGGUCGUCGACAUCUGAAUCCUCAUCUCUAGCUCGUCCGCCAUUGAUGCUGCUGCCGAGCGAUCGAGCUUCGCAUAUAUUGUUGUUCGUUCUCUGAUCGAUCGACGAUCCAUAUGCACGUGCAUGGCCAUCUGAUCGAUCUAGGUAUCCAUGCAGCUGCUUGUUAAUUAUUAGUUGUGACUUUGUGACUUGUGAGGAGGGCCGCCGCAGCCUUCAUCAGCUAGUGUGACAGCCGUUCUCGAUCGUCGUUUUGCUUAAUUUCUCGAUGCAGUGUGUGUGAGUGUCCGUCAGAGUGUGUGAGACUGAUGAAUCAGUAGCGUCCAUGGUUGCUGGUGUUUCCUGAUGUAAUCUGCUUUCUCAUGUGACUGUAAAUUUAUCGUUUGUGCCAGUGAGAUGCAUAUGCAUACUGUUAUGCAAAUUCCAUUUCGUUAG